AAGAGAUAAUCCCUGUACAUUUGUGACAUCAUCCCACUGCUUAUGUAUAUAUAGGGAAUCGUCCAGAGCUCCCCUCAUGGUUCAGUCACUUUCAAAGUCAGCUGAAGGCAAUAGGAAAAGAGAGAGAGACUCAUUUGCAGCUUCACUCCUCUCUACUAUUUAUGGACUUUACUUAUUAGAAGGCUAAAGGAUGAUGGCAAGAAUGAGAAUUCAGCUGGUCUGCAUGAUGUUUCUGGCUUUUACCUCCCAGAGUCUGUGCUCAGAUUCAGAAGAGGAAAUGAAAGCACUGGAAGCAGAUUUAUUGACCAAUAUGUACACAUCAAAGAUGAGUAAAAUCAUAAGAUCUCCUCACUGGAAAACAACCCUGCUGAAUGUUUGCAACCUAGUCAAUAACUUAAACAGCGAAGCUGAAGAAACAGGGGAGGCUGGUGAAGAUGAACUUCUUUUAAGAAGACAGUUCUCUGCUUUGGAUGGCUUUCAUUUGGAAGCAAUGCUGACCAUCUACCAACUCCAGAAAAUAUGUCACAGCAGAGCCUUUCAGCAUUGGGAGCUACUCCAAGAUGACGUUCUUGAUUCUGGCAAUCUGAACCGUGAGAAAGAAGAAGUAAUGAAGAGGAAAACUCCUUAUAUCCUCAAACGGCAACUCCAUGUGAAUAAAGCCAGAAGACCCUACAUCCUCAAAAGGAGUUCUUCUUACUAUUGAGAAGGGGAAAAAAUAUCUAAUUUAGUUUAUGAGUAACAGUGCUUCAUGGUUCUUUUAAUUAAACAUACAAGGUUAUUGGUGUAACAAUUAUAUGACAAAAGAACAGAAUCAUUUUUCUCUUCUGCAAUUGUGGUUUCUUAAAUGUGAUUUUUUUUAAUCAAAAGAAUUGGACUGAAAACAUUCCAAAUAAAUCUCAUUUCUAAGCAUGAUGCAUUGUGUAUAACAAAAACUAUUAAUUAUAAACUACUACAUUCUAUUGUGUGAUUUCACAGGAAAACCAUGUGGAUUAUUGAAAUUAAUCAAUGAAAAUAUUUUAUGUCAUACAAAAUUUCAUCCAGUGUUAAAGCAAAAUCCUUUGCCUUAUACUUGGGGCCCCCAGGUAAAGCUUAGGGUAUAUGCCAGUAAACCACUGAUUGCUAAGUAAGCCAGAAAAACUGAUAAACCUAGAGAAUGCAUUAGUGAAGAGAGAGGAAAAAUACAUUUUUCCUUGUACCUAUUUUGAAUUUGCAAGAUGUAUAGAUAGAGAGUGGUGGUCUUAGAGAAGUAAAACUCAGACAAGCAAAUUUCUGAAUUGCUAACAAUUAUUUCUGUUUUAAUGAAUGAUCUUUUGAUUAAAAAAAGCUUUCUGGAAUAGAUACCUUGUAGGUAAUAAAGUGAAUCAUCAUCAUA